UUUUCUUUGGUCGAUACUGAGAGCUUUGUGUAUUUGACAGAAUCACAGCAGUUUGGUUACUGUUGAGAUGUGGCUGAUGGCCGUUUCCGUUCCUCUGCUUUCUGCUGUCAUCUUUGCAUCCAGUCGUUAUCGUGUCAACAUUUCCACUCUGUGGCACCACGUUCACUCCUGGGCCCUCAGACUGCUGCGAGGGCGCGUGUGUGUGACGAGCACCCACGCCUUUGUCUUCUCAACGUGCACCCACGGCAAUGCUGACAGUGUUAUUCAGGCCUUUGACCUUUACUCUGAGACACACCCCUCUCUCUGCAUCGGCCCACACAUGGGUGAGGCGCUGGACGAAGUGAUGAGACGUGUCCGACCAUCCGAAGUGCUGGAGUUGGGGAUGCAUGUUGGAUACAGUUCAGUCCGCCUGCUACGCCUGCUGCCCCCUGCUGGCAGGCUGAUCACAGUGGAGUGUGACCCCUUCACAGCAGCUUUGGGGGAAGAGAUCAUCCUGGUGGCAGGUUUCAAAUACUCACAGUUCUGUGUGUUGACAUGCACUUCAACUGAAGCCAUCCCAAAGCUGAAGAUGGAUCCUGUUGUCAGGACCAAUCCAGGAUCCAGUAAGGGCUUCAGUGUGGUACUGAUGGACCACGACCCCCAGCAAUACCUUCCAGACCUGAUGUCUCUGGAGACAAUGAAGCUCCUCUGCCCCUCUGGCUGCACCAUUCUUCUGAUUAACCAGAACCAAAGAGCUGAGGAUCUUAGAGAAACCCUGGAUUACAUCAGAUCCAAGCCUGACUGUUACUGCAUCAACACCGAGCUUCACCGUAUGAUUGAGGUCUUCUAUCACCAUGAAGAUGCUCGAGCAGAAGACUGAGGAAGGCUGAGAGCCGUUUGUGGGUAGUUCUCGAUGAAUGAAUGUUUA